GGUUGCCUCGUCUCCGCAGUCCAGUACCUGCACGCUCAAAAAAUACGCCACAAAGACCUUAAGCAUUUGAACAUACUAUUGUCCUCAAAACGGCUGUAUCUGAGCAACUUUGGGAGUGCCACAGACUUUUCCCUGCUGUCAGAGAGCGCUACGGACAAUGAACAUGGAACGCUGCGUUACUAUGCACCAGAG